CAAGCAUCCUCCACCAUUCAUGGGUCAGACCCACCUUUGUUAGCGAUUCACACCCAAACACACCAAUAAGCUUAACAGCUGAAGAAUUUUCGCCCUCCGGGCGCCGGUCGUCAUGGCCUCACCAGAGGUCUCAAACCGCCGCGCGCGCCCGCAGAGCACGCCGCAGGCUUUGCCGCAGGGCCAGGCCGAGUCAGGACACGUAUCUCUCGACACGCGCACCGCUAACGCGCCUGAGCCGGCUGGCCGCGGAAGGUACUCCAGCCUCCCGGCCCUGGCCAUCAAAACACUGCAGCAGGAGUUGGAAAACGUGGAAACAGUCGGCAGCUGGCUCGAAGAGGUCUUUGCAGCCAAGCUCGAAAGUUUACAGGCCCCGGAGGACGCCGCGCUUAGGAGAAUUGUUCUUGAACUUGACGACGUGAUCAGCGGCUGGUUCCUCAGUCGCACCCUCCCUGAAAAAGAGCGUUCGCGCUCCCCGUCGCGUUCGCCGACCAGUUCCAGCGAAAGGCGCAGCAUUUUAAUUACGAGGACGGGCACGGCGUCGUCGGCCUCUAAAGGCAGAGGCACGCCCACUAACAAAUCGGUCACAUGGGCCGAGCGAGCCGCCACGCCACCAGCGGCGGCCCCAACGCGAAUUUUAACCCCGGCCACGCGCUCGUACCCGAUACGUACGACGCCCGGCAAUGCACCUGACAGCUCCGCAACUCCCUCCCAAUCGGGCCGGGACCGCUCCCAAGCCCCGAAACGUUUGACAGAACAGCCGUCCAACCGCAUCCUGAUCCGCGCAAAUGACAAAUUGCGGAUGGUGACGAGGGAGCCAUACGCGGUAACGACCAAAUUGGCCGAGUUGGUCUCGGUGCCACACAGUGAAAUCCCAAACGCCAAGCGUACCCCCACGGGCUGGGGUGUUACGGUGGCCUCUGAGGAAACACGGCAAAAACUCCUCAACCCCAGCGCGGUCAAGGCCAUUAUGGACGCAUUGGACGCGCGGGAAGUCACUGUCCCGACAACCUGGCACACAUACGCCGUUUCUGGAGUGCCCCGAACGCUCAAUUGCCUGGACGGAAGAAAGGACGUACAUGAGGUAAUCCAGGAGGAGAUUACCGUGGCAGCAGGCCAGCAGCCAGUCAACUGGCAUAUUUCCAAACAUGGUUACGACCCACAUACGGCUGAGGGCACGUGGAUAGUGUCCUUCCUUCAACCCGUAAAGCCCUUUCAGCUUUUUGGAGUGUCGAAACGUGCGCGGAAGGUUGAAAAAUCACGCAAAAUUACACACCACCACGACGGUUGCCAGGGAUAUUGCGAAAUACGUCGCUGCAAUCGGACGUGCCAACCGUGCCGCGAUUAUCAACGACCGGGCCGAAACGGCCCGCCGAGAGCCAGCACCUGCAAUCCCGGUCCUAAGCACCUCAUCGCAGCAUUCGCAAACCUCGAGCUCCCGAUCGAGCAUUUCAAACAAAAGAGCGCGGCCAUGCGAGGCGGCAGGGGCGGACAUCCGUAA